AUGUUGCGUUUUGUGAGUCUGCUUGCGCUGAUUGCUGUGGCUGCUGCCGGAUACGGUCAUUCGGAGGGGCGUGUGACGAAGUACGCAACGCGAAAGAUCUUCCACCACGAGCCGCACCAUGAUGUGGCAGAGGAACCGAAAGCUCAUCAUGCUGCCGCGGCAGAACACCAUCACCAGGCAGCGGAGGAGCAUGAUCAUUUCCACGAUUUCUACGCACCGAUCAACUACAAGUUCGAGUAUGGCGUGAAGGAUCCUCACACCGGUGAUCACAAGACACACUGGGAGGAACGGGAUGGUGAUGUGGUGAAGGGUGCAUACACGAUCCUGGAUGCCGACGGUAGCUCCCGGUUGGUCGAGUAUACGGCCGAUCCGCACCAUGGAUUCAACGCGGUGGUGAAGAAGAUCGAGCACGCACACAUUCCGGCGAAGGAGGUUCAUCCGGCACCGGUUGAGGAUCAUCACGAGCAGAAGCAUCACGAUCAUGGGGAGCAUGCUGUACAGCAUAAUGUCCAGCAUCAUUACCAUCACGAUCAUCACAGUGGCUAUGGGCAUGGUAGCAGCUACCACUGA